AUGUCAGAGAUAGAUCCAGAAGAAACCGUUGAAUCUUUAAUGAAAGAAAUUGAACAUGAUAUGGAAGUUGCCAAAGAAAAGUUCAAUGAACAAUUCCAAGUAGAAACGAAAGAUUCCAAUAUUCUGUUCAAUGCGCUUAAGAACGAAGAUACAAAUCUAAAUACAAUAAAUGAAGAUGAUAAUAACGAUGAAUCUGAAUUAUUUAUUCCUCUUCAUGAUACUUCAAGAGAGCCUCUAUGCGAAUUAAAAUCUCCACUUAGAAUGAAUAAUAGCAAUUCGGUACCGUCAAUACAUAGUAGCCCAUUAAGAAUGAAACAAAUGAUCGAAGAACAUUACGGUGCUGAUGACAGAACUUUACAAACAUUCUCACCUACCAAGGAUAUACUCUAUAUAAUGAAAGGAACGAAACCAUUACUAUCAUCUUCUACUUCAAAUGGACAAUUGAUUAGUGAACUUGAACUUAAUAUAUUAAAUGACGAUGAUUCUGAUCCUUCUUAUUUAUUAGAGAAUAAUAGUAACCUAAUGGACGAGGAUGACGACGUGAGUUUCAUCGAAAGGUCUCCACAACGAAUUCAUUUUCCUUCUAAAAUUCCUAUAAUUAAUACAAUGACAAUUAAUACUUUCUCUAAAUCGAACCUUGAAGAUGAGAACGACGUAAAUUCUUCAGGUAUCGCAGAUUCCUCAUAUUCAAUUGAUAUCGAUGAUAAUAAUAGCGAUAAUCAUGUUCACUUAGUAACUAAGAAAUAUAAAUUGGGAAAUCAAGAAUGUAACAACGAUAUGACUAGCUUAGAAGAGAUACAAAAUCAUUCAAUUAGCACACAACAUUCUCCUACUAUGUCUGCAUAUGUUGAAGAAUUGGAUAUUCUGGAUACAUCAUCUUUACAUAUAUCUAAUGUUGGCGACAAUGAGCUUCUAAAUGAGCAUAUUACUUCCGAUAACAGCAUAUUACCAAACAUAGCAUCAGACUUACCAAGAUUAUCAUCUCCACAUGAUGAACGUCGAGAGGAAGAGGAAAAUUGUGCCUAUCUUAGUGGUCCAGAAUUUGUAGACACUUUAAUCGAUUGUGUAAGCAUUGUUGCCUCAAAAGAUGAAGAAGAAAAACUUGAGUAUGGUUACAAUAGCGGACCAGAUUUUAAUGACCGAAUGAUAAAUACUGUUGAUAUUAUAAGCACUGGUUCUAUAGAGGAGAAUAAGACAGAAUCAGUAUUUUUAAUGGAUAACGAUCAUGAACUUAAAAUUAAAACUAAACGAACAAAUCUUUCUUUGAGCAAUGAUAUUGACAAACUUGCAGUCAAUAGUGAAAUUGAUAACCCAGAUAUCAAUGAACCCAAGAUUGAAGUAAAGAUUGCAGAAAAUAAUCAAUCACUAAGGUACCUUCAAAAAAGUGAAGAACAAGACAUAAUUGAUUUGGAAAGGAAGCCUGAAAAGAAACAAGUGAAGAUCCCGAAACUCGUUAAAAAUUACCUAGAAAAAAUUAAUUUUGAAGAUAGAAAACAAUCAAAAAUUAAAGAAAUACUACAGGAUGAAGAGUUUCCAAAACAAAAAGCAAUCAGGACACCAGUUCCAAAAGUAGAGGAAAGAAAAACAACACCUCUUCUUCAGUUUAAUACUACUUUUUCGCCAUUAUUACCUGUUAUACCAGUUCUAGAAAAAUUGAUUCAAGAUGACCCAUUUUCAGAACCAGUACCUCAUGAGACAGCCUUACCACCAUAUCCCAACUCAAAGUUUUCCAAAGUAACACCGCCCACUACUUACAUUCAUAUUUGGCAUCAACAAGAAAGUUACCCACCGUUAACGAAUCCAACAAGCAUCACAAGUAAAAGAACAAUAUCGCCAACGAGUAGUUAUAAUUCAAAUUUCUCCCAAGUUUCCUCAGCCUCUACAAAGCUCACGGUUGGUUCAACCGUGAACACUUCUAAUAAUAAUUACGCUGCAUCUCCUCCUUUGACACCAACGAUUCACCAAUCAUUAACAGCCACCAAUUUCAAAUUCAAACCAAAGUUGGCUACAAGACCACGCAGAAUUAUGUUGGAUCCCAUGAGAAGGAAUACCAUUAAAUCAAAAAAGAUUCAAGAAAGAAUUAACGAAUCGAAAUCAUUUAAACCAAAUUUAUCAUAUCCAGAAAGAUUCUAUGAAGAACAAGACUAUAGUAUCGGCGAUGAUAUAUACGAAAAAGAAGAAGAAGAAGAAGAAGAAGAAAGUAGUCAUGCAGCAAUUUUACAAAAUUUGAAACCUAAAAACUUCAAAGUUUGGAAUGAAUAUUUCAACAAAGAUCAUGAAGAUGAUGGAGUUAACAAAUAUGACUCGAUUGCACCUGAAGUGAUACAAAAGUUAUUAAAGGAUGAAUCUUUCUUAGAUGGGGAUUAUGAUGAUAAUACAUUGGCGGUUGCCCAUUCAAUUAAGGGAAGAGAAUAUGAGGACAAAAAUAAAAGCGCUGAUAUGAAUUUGAAUAUUGGGUUAGGUAUAUUAAGGACACCAGUUAAAUGUGUCUCAGUAGAUGAAGGAUUAAGCUUUAAAGGGUAUGAACCAAGCAUAAGUGAUAAUGAUGAUUAUGAAAAUAGUAAAAAUAAUAAUGAUAAUGCUGUGGAAAUGUCUAUACAUACUCCAAAAUCCAAUUCUAUCAACGGGGAUAUCCACUCAUUUGAAAGAAUGAACCCUAGUCAGAACCAUAUACAUAGUCCAUUCAAAGUUGUUAGUCCUAAGAAGAAUUCAAAAGGAAUGAACGUAUCGCAAGAUAUCAUUUCUCUUAGAGAGGAAAAUCAGGAAAUAAAUACAAUUCAUGAUGAUGAUAUUGCAGCUCCUGCACAGACGAAAGAAAAUGAUAAGACAAAGGACGCUUUUGAUGAAUGCACCUCAAAAGAAAUUGGAAAGAGGAACAAAGAUGAAGCAACUGCUGAGAUGACUGAUUUGGGUGUACUCUAUGUUACAAUAAAGAAAAUAACUAAUAUUAGAUUAUCCAAUAUAUUACAACACAAGGGGAAAUAUUGUAUUGAAUUUGAUAAUGGUACGAAUAUGUUUACGACUCCAUGGGAAAUAAUGCCAUCAGAUGGCAAUUUAAUGUUUGGUAAAGAAUUUGAAAUACCUCUUAAACUUGAUAGAGAAACAAUGAAGCCACUUGACAUCGAACUUCAAAUUACAUUGAAGAUAAAAUAUAUGAAAUUAGAAAAUGAAUUGGUUGAAAUUGUUGAAAAGGUCCCUAUUGCCAAGAAAAAGAAAUUACCAUUUGCUAAGACUAAAUAUCAAAUGAUUAAACGAUACGUUUCGAGGCCUACAAGAUAUGAUGAUUGGGGGAAUCUUUUUGCUGAAGAUGGAUCCUUUGGUCAAACAAAGGUACGAAUAAAUGAAACUAAUUUAAAGAGAUGUGAAUUUAUCAAAUGUAAUGAAAAUUUUGAUAUGAUAAACCGAUGGGCAAAGGGUUUAACAUCAAAGGACUCUGCUGGCGGAUAUCAUCCCAUCCAUGUGCCAUCACGUGCUCCACCAUACAGUAUUGGUAAUAUUGAAUUAGAAAUGUGUUAUUUAAAGCGAAGCUCAUCAUUAGAAAGAUUCCCCAAGAGUUUGGAUUUAGCUCAAGAUAUUUUGAAGAAAAUACGGGAACAGGAAAGUAUUAAUAAAGAAGGAUAUCUUUUACAGGAGGGAGGUGACGUUACUGGAAUUUUCCAAAGACGAUACUUCAAAUUGAAUGGUAUUGAGAUGAUUGGAUAUCAUGAAAUAACUCAAGAACCGAAAGUUAACAUAAAUCUUUUGAAAGUUAUUGAUGUGAUAAAUAUCGAUGAUACUGUUACUGAAGCAAAUAAGAGAAUAUUUACUGAUUCAGUGCUAAUGGGUGAAUGUUUUCAAUUAGUCUUUGACGAUGGUGAGAUUAUAACAUUUAAUGUUGAAGCUAAUUAUAAAGAAAGGAAAGAUUGGUAUAGAAAGAUUAAGAAAGUAGUUGAGUUGAACACGUUACGUCAGCCAUGGAUUAAACAGUUUAACGAAAAUUCCAAAAUUGAGAAAAUUUUCCGUUGA